UCAAAAUUGGCGAAAAACAAGAACACUUCUCGCUCCAGUUCCUGAGGAAGAAUGCCCUAUAGAAAAAUGUCUACAACUAAAGUUUUCUCCGAUAAUUUAUCAAAUUUUUUUUCAUCCAAAAAGUCGAGAGUUCUGACUGCUCCGCUCCGGGCCCUGUCCCUGCCUAGCUCCAGCGAAAAAAGUGAGCUGGUAGCUCGCUCAUCCUCCAACGAACUGGCUACCAAAGGUCAAGUUUUACCUGCUCCCAAACCUGCUCCAGUCUUGAUAACUAUAAAUGUGUCGGGCAGAAAGUUCCUAAUAGAUUCUAAGAAGUUGAAGAAAUAUCCGACGACUCUACUAGGUUCGGCUGAUAUAAAGAAGUUUUACGACCCCGUCCACAAAGAAUACUUCUUCGACCGAAACCGAGACACGUUUGAGUCAAUAUUCGACUUCUAUCUGUUCGGGAAACUGUACCCUCCCCAGGGGGUUCCAGAAGAUAUGUAUCUUGAAGAGGUGAACUUCUAUAGGAUGAUGAGCGUCUUUCAGCACCCAGAUGAUAAUGAUAGUGAUAGUGAUUUCAUUAUAAAGCCAAAAAGAACUGGUUCUAAGUUCAGCCGUGCUGUUAGAGCUGUGAACAAAGCACUGCAAGACCCAAGUAGCUCUAUACCUGGCAAGAUCUGGGGCUGGCUGGAUAUCUUCUUUAUAGCCCUGUCUGUGGUAGCCAUGGUAACGGAGACUAACCCUGAAGUAAAGAGGAAGGUAUCCGUGAAAUGGUCUCUCGAGUAUAACAUCGCUUUUGCUGUGGAGACUGUGACUGUCUUCUUCUUUAGUUUUGAUGUGCUGAUAAGGUUCACAGUAUCUGACGAGAGGUGGGUCUUUGCUCGGAGUCCCGCUACUUGGCUGGAUAUCGUAACAGUAGCACCAUACUACUUUGAGCUGUUUGUUGAUGCGUCGAGGUUCAAAGGACUGAAAGUGCUGAGGAUGGCGAGGGUGGUACGUGUUUUAAAGUUGAUCAAGAAGAAUAAGAGGUUGUUGCUGAUUGCGUACGUGAUGUCACACUCGCUAGGGGAGCUCUCUUUGUUGAUAAUAGUGUGGGCCAUGUGUAUCACAGUGGCAGGGUCUGUGUUUUACUACUGCGAGAAUGAGGCUAACGAUAAGAUUACGAGCGGAGUUGAUGCGAUGUGGUGGGCUGUAGUUACCAUGAGCACAGUCGGGUAUGGCGACAUAGUUCCUGUCACCUUCAUUGGUAAAGCCUUCUCCACCGUAUUCUUCUACAUCGGCAUGGUAUUCCUAGCUCUGCCCCUGACCAUCAUUGUGGGUGCCUUUACCAAGCAGUACGAGAAUAGGGGCACCUGGUCACUUAAUAGAAAUGACAAUAAGAUCAAUAGAUUGUACGAAAAUAAUUCGUCCAAUGCAAAGAGCGAAUGAUCAGAUCGAUGAACUGCUUUUAUGUUGAGGCACUGUUCAAUUAAAAUUAUCGAGUUGAAAUUCACUGAUUGAAUGAGAUGAAAGAUUAUUAUGAUGUCCUAUUUGUGAAAAGUCGUCAGAAAAUUUGUAUUGCUGAAAUAGGCAGCGAAAACGGAAUUUUAGACUUUUCAGAUUGUUUUACAUUUUCCGAUAUAAAAUCAGAGGCCGUAUCUAAUUCAAUAAUUUUCUGUAUCUAGCAUUAAAUUAUUAUUGAAGUAGCAUGUAGUGCAUCCCGAUUAUAAUUAUAUGAGACGAUUCGUACUAUUUUAUGUUUUCGUCC